UUCUAGCAAAUCACACGUCACUUUUUGGACCCAACUCAGUGCAAAAUAAUAACAUUCGAAACUGUUCGGGGAAAAAAUCAAGACGGAAAAAGUGAAAAAUAUUAAUCUAUUUGAUUGGUGAGGUGUUCUCUGCUACUGAACUAGAUCGCUAGUACCCAUUUGAUCGGUGAAUAAAUCUCCAUGUUCUGGGCAAUAUCCGUCGGUUAAAGGUGACGGAAAUUCGGUAUUGUUUCGGACUGCGAUACAACUUUGUGUGCCAAUGCAAACAAGAACUAAUUAUCGCUAGAGUGAAUACUAUUGGUACAAUUCUUUUUCAAAAUGAAGAAUUUUUUCCUGCUUUGUGGUAUCCUGCUUCUCUUUGGUGAAGUAUGGAGCGAGCUGGAGCUGGUGGGACCGGAGGAAGGAACGACGAAGCGAAAGUCCACCGAAGAUGAGAGUACGGGAGAACCUGCCACCGAGAGUGAAAGAAAAUCCGCCAAAAUGGUUCAAGAUUUUCUCGAUCGAGAGAAGAAGGAACGGGAACAGCUGAACGAAUUUCUACAUUCGUCGAUCAGGAUCGUGAAGGCACCGGAUUUGUCUCAGGAUAAAGAGAGCCGGAAGAUGUCGGAGAUGUUGAAUGAGCUGCUGGAAAGUCACGAGCGGAUGAUACAGAAGAUAGAAAGCGAAAUCGAUGAGAUUAAUCGGGUUGUUCCGGGGGAGGAAGAGCUGGCCGAGAAGGUGCUGACUCCGGAGGAGAUAGAGGCUCAGGAAGCGUACGAUCGGGCGAUGGUUGUGCUGAACAAGACCAAGGUGGAUAAACUGCAGGGACACAAGCUUAUGGUGGAAGCUGCGACAAAGGGUCAUCCGUUGGCUAGAAGUCAUGUUGCUUGGGCACAGCUUCUUGGCAAUCCGGUACAUAUGGAUAUUGAGGCGGCGAAAAAGACGUUUUUGGAACUGGCCGAGUCGGGACUGCCGGAAGCACAGAUGGGUUUGGGGUUUAUGUAUGCUAGUGGAAUCGGGUUCAAUGUUAGUCAAGGGAAGGCACUGGUGUACUACACGGUGGCAGCAUUGGGGGAUAAUUCGUGGGCACAGAUGGCUCUCGGGUAUCGGUAUUGGGCCGGUGUUGGAGUGCCGAACAGCUGCGAAACGGCUCUGGAGUACUAUAGGAAGGUUGCGACCAAGGUGGCCAAUCAGGUCACGUUUUCGGGGGGAGCCGCAGUUCAUCGGAUUCGACUGUUGGAUGAGGUGGAGAACUCGGGACCGAGUUCCGGGAUAUUGGAUAACGAUUUGAUCGACUAUUACCAGCUGUUGGCGGAUAAAGGCGACGUGCAGGCUCAGGUUGGAUUGGGACAGUUGCAUUAUCAGGGAGGUCGUGGAAUCCCGUUGGAUCACCAGAAAGCGUUGCAAUAUUUUAGUCAGGCGGCCAAUGCAGGGAAUGCUGUGGCAAUGGCUUUCCUGGGAAAGAUCUACCUGGAAGGAAGCGAUAAUAUCAAAGCGGACAAUGAUACCGCUUUCAAGUACUUUAAAAAAGCGGCAGAUUUAGGGAAUCCGGUUGGUCAAAGUGGACUUGGGAUUAUGUUUCUGCAUGGGAAGGGUGUCCCCAAAGAUACGGCGAAGGCGCUGAAGUUCUUCACGCAAGCUGCCGACCAAGGCUGGGUCGAUGGGCAGUUGCAGCUGGGAAAUAUGUACUUCAGCGGGAUAGGAGUGAAGCGGGACUUCAAGCUGGCCAAUAAGUACUUCAAUUUGGCAUCGCAGGCCGGUCACGUGUUGGCUUUCUACAAUCUUGGUCAGAUGCAUGCGGUUGGUCUUGGAAUGAUGCGUUCGUGUCCGACUGCCGUUGAGUUGUUUAAGAAUGUCGCCGAACGGGGCAAAUGGGCCGAACGGUUAAUGGCUGCCCAUCAGGACUAUCGAUCGUACCGGUUUGAGGAGGCAUUGCUGCAGUACGCACUGAUGUCGGAACUGGGUUAUGAAGUAGCGCAGAGUAAUGCAGCUUUUCUGUUGGAUCGAGGCGAAAUAAAUUUGUUCAAGAACCGGGACCAAGAGCUGAUCAGGGCUCUGCAGUUUUGGGGACGGGCCGCCGCUCAAGGAUAUUCUGCUGCGCAGGUCAAGCUUGGAGACUACCAUUACUAUGGGAUGGGGACGCUUGUGGACUUUGAAACGGCAGCUUCGCACUAUCGAAUGGCGUCGGAACAGCAGCACAAUGCACAGGCCAUGUUCAAUCUGGGCUAUAUGCACGAACAGGGUCUCGGUAUGAAAAAGGACAUUCACUUGGCCAAGCGGUGCUACGAUUUGGCAGCGGAAACCAAUACCGAUGCUAAGGUCCCCGUGACGCUAGCUUUGCUGAAGCUCCAGCUUGUUUUCAAGUUGGAAUCUCUCAAAGAGUCACCAUUCAGCGUCCUGCUAGAUCUGGACGAAAACAUCGCCUCCAACUGGGACCUGUAUCUGAUAACGUUCCUAACGAUACUGCUUGGGGCGGCACUCUACUUCCGGAGGCCACCCGCCCCGGGUACUGUCAAUCCAAAUCAGAUCCCGCAGCAGCCACCAGCGGCGGAAGAAGUACCACUAAUUGAUGGAUCUGCGGCUGCGCCCGAUUCGGAACAGCCAGCAGCAGGUGGUUCGGGAAUAGGUCAGCGAAAUCCCCGAGAACAACGUGAAGAUGGUCCCCAAUGAGAAGUGAUGCAACUAGGGUCCUACUUUACUUCUAUGAUUUUGUUUUUAUUAUCCUUUUGUUUGAAUAUUUUUAUUGAUGUUGGGGCAGUCUGCGGGCGGCAAAAACAUUUUCCUUUUUUUGUGAUGCUUGUGAAUGUGCGCAACACUGGAAUGCUAAUAAGCGGUGACAAAUCUUCUGAUGAAAUAUUACGAGACAUUUGAAUGAAAGUGGACGUUUUUUGUGCAUAACACAAACAAUGGUCAGUGUGAAAUACUCGUACAUUUCUCUAGGAUAAUGAAGAAAGUUAGUCCUUUUCUUCCCCUAAAUACAAACAAAAAGAAAAACGUUUCGUUUUACA